UUAAUUAAUCAACCCACUCUCUCUCCGUUCCUUGCUUGCUCCUUAAGGGUUCGCUGCUUGCUUCUUCCCACUCCUCUCGUGGAUCAGACCAAAUUCCUACCCACUGUCAACGGUCUCUUCGCCGCCUCUGACGGUUCCAUCCCUCCUAUUUCUAAUUUCAACCUUUCUUCUUCGAUUGUCUUAUCGUUUACGGCUAAAUAGAAUCCCGCUUUGCUCCUCGAGAGGGCUUCCAUCGCUCUUUCGAAUAUCUUUUUCAUCGUCUCUGCCAUUUUGAUUUUCUCUCUUUUCACCAUUUCCGAUCGUAAUUGCUCCUCUGGGGUAUACUUUUUGCCUCUUUUGGUGGAUCGGUUUGAUUGAACCCAAGGAGAGGCUCCAAAAUCAUGAGGGCAAAUCUAGGGUUUUUCGCCCUGUCCUUUGUUCUGAUACUGGGAACGGCACUGGGUAGAUUUGUAGUGGAGAAGAACAACCUGAAAGUGACAUCACCCGACUCGAUCAGAGGUAUUUACGAGUGUGCCAUUGGAAAUUUCGGAGUUCCGCAGUACGGAGGAACUCUGGUCGGAACCGUCGUGUAUCCCAGUUCGAACCAGAAGGCUUGUAAGAACUUCGAAGAUUUCGACGUCUCCUUCAAAUCCAAGCCUGGCCACCUUCCCACCUUUGUCCUUAUCGACCGAGGAGACUGUUAUUUCACCUUGAAGGCAUGGAAUGCACAACGAGCUGGGGCAGCUGCUAUUCUUGUUGCUGAUAACAAAGUUGAACCAUUGAUCACAAUGGAUACACCUGAAGAGGAUAAUGCUGAUGCUGAGUAUCUUGAUAAGAUCACCAUUCCCUCUGCUCUCAUCAGCAAAUCUUUGGGAGACAGCAUAAAGUCUGCUUUAUCCAGUGGGAAUAUGGUUAACAUGAAUCUAGACUGGACUGAGUCUGUUCCACAUCCCGAUGAACGUGUUGAAUAUGAACUAUGGACCAACAGCAAUGACGAGUGCGGAAAGAAAUGUGAUACCCAGAUUGAAUUUCUCAAGAAUUUCAAAGGAGCAGCUCAGAUUCUCGAGAAGGGAGGGUACACCCAAUUCACACCACACUAUAUCACCUGGUACUGCCCUGAAUCUUUCCUUCUGAGUAAGCAGUGCAAGUCUCAGUGCAUCAAUCAUGGAAGGUACUGUGCACCAGAUCCAGAGCAGGAUUUUACGAAAGGGUAUGAUGGGAAGGAUGUUGUUGUACAGAAUCUACGCCAGGUUUGCAUCUUUAAAGUGGUGAAUGACACUGGUAAGCCCUGGAUUUGGUGGGAUUACGUGACCGACUUUGCCAUCCGGUGUCCUAUGAAAGAGAAGAAGUACACUAAGGAAUGCGCAGAUGAUGUGAUCAAGUCCCUGGGUAUUGAUCUCAAGAAGGUCGACAAAUGCAUCGGAGACACUGAAGCAGAUGUGGAGAACCCAAUUCUUAAAGCAGAACAGGAGUCACAGAUAGGCAAAGGUUCUCGUGGAGAUGUGACUAUACUUCCGACACUUGUGGUGAACAACAGACAGUACAGAGGUAAAUUGGAAAAGGGCGCAGUGCUCAAAGCUAUAUGUGCGGGUUUUCAAGAGACAACGGAACCAGCAAUAUGUCUAACUGAAGAUUUAGAAACCAAUGAAUGUUUAAUAAACAAUGGUGGGUGCUGGCGAGACGGAGCUGCCAACAUUACAGCAUGCCGGGAUACUUUUCGAGGAAGAGUCUGUGAGUGCCCUACUGUUCAGGGUGUGAAAUUUGUAGGCGACGGUUACACACACUGCAAAGCCUCUGGAGCUUUGCAUUGUGGAAUCAACAAUGGGGGAUGUUGGAGAGAAACCAGGAAUGGCCACACUUACUCUGCUUGCAUCGAUGAUCAUUCUAAAGAUUGCAAAUGCCCACCUGGGUUCAAGGGUGACGGAGUGAAGAAAUGUGAAGAUGUGGAUGAGUGCAAAGAGAAGGUGGCGUGCCAGUGCCCAGAGUGCAAAUGCAAAAACACAUGGGGAAGCUAUGAAUGCAGCUGCAGCAGCGGAUUGCUUUACAUGCGUGAACACGACACUUGCAUUGGUUCAGGCAAAGUUGGAGCUACGAAGCUCAGCUGGAGCAUGCUUUGGAUUCUCAUAUUUGCGUUAGCUGCUGCCAGUCUCUCUGGAUAUGCCCUUUACAAGUACAGGAUCCGGAGUUACAUGGAUUCGGAGAUUAGGGCAAUCAUGGCGCAGUACAUGCCUUUGGACAGCCAACCCAACACGGCUUCUACUGGUCCCCAUAUGGACAUAUGACCAUCUCCCUUCCUUUAUGUAUUAUCAUAAAUCCACCCCCCGAGGCUUUUGAUACUUUUCGCCUUUAAUGUAAAUUUUAUUAGGAUACUACAAAGCCACUAAUAAGAGUCUAAGCGUGUCUAGUUGUUUGUUGUACUGGACGCAGAUUAAAAUAGAUGUGUUUAUAUUUCUGUCCUA